AGCCCCUCUAAACGGUGCUGCUGGUCUGGUGUGGGUGGCAUGCGGCGCAGAGAUAGCAGCAGCCCUCUCUGUCAUCCCCACAUGCCCAAUCCCUUCUUUCCGCUUGCUCCUCCCCCCCCUCUCUAUCCCACCCCUCUCCCUCCUCUUCCAGAGCCCCUCUAAACGAGCCCCUCUAAACGGUGCUGCUGGUCUGGUGUGGGUGGCAUGCGGCGCAGAGAUAGCAGCAGCCCUCUCUGUCAUCCCCACGUGCCCAAUCCCUUCUUUUCGCUUGCUCCUCCCCCCCCCCCUCUCUAUCCCACCCCUCUCCCUUCUCUUCCAGAGCCCCUCUAAACGGUGCUUCUGGUCGCGUGUGUGGCAUGCGGCGCAGCGUGUAGCGGGCCGGGCUGCAGCGGGGCCAUCCGUUGGUUCUUCUCCCACACUCCCCUUCUCCCGCCCCCCGUUUAACUCCUGCCCUCCUCUUCUCUCCCACCACCCCCUUCUCUCCCGCCCUCCCUUCCUCUACCGCCCUCCCCUUCUCUCCCGCCCUCCCCUUCUCUCCCGCCCUCCCCCUAUCUCCCGCCCACCCCUACUCUCCCGCCCUCUCGCCAUUCAUUCCCCCCCGCCCUCGAUGUUCAUCCAUACCCUUUGGACAACCCUAAACCAUGAGUCAUGCAUGAUCACGGAUGUCUCAUGCUUCCCCGCAUUCUCAUACAUGCGCGCAGGAGGGAAACAACGGGGCCUAUCAAAGGUUAAGAGGACUGACUGGAACGUCUCCAACUCCCACCGGAAGAACAGUGAAUGGAUGGGGGGUUUGCACCGUAAUGUGCGGUGGAUUAUCAAGGACCACUUUACACGCCACACCCCCGUGUACAACACAGACGUGAAGGGCUUCAAGUGGGGCGACCAUGGGCUAUAUGUUCACGAGUCAGGAUUUGAGGCCUUCCGGGGGAAGGCUGAGCUUGAUGCCGAAACGAAGGACCUGAAGGAGGAAGAAAAGGAGGUGUACGGCUCGGAGGACAUGGAGGAGGAUAAGGAAGAGGAGGAUGAGGAGGAGGAGGAGGAGGAGGAGGAGGAGGAGGAUGACGAGGAGGAGGAGGAGGAGGAGGAGGAGGAGGAGGACGAGGAACAGUGGGGGCAGGAGCAGAGGAAGAGGAAAAGGCACAAGAGACCUAGGGCAGGCGGGAGGGAUGAGGAAGAGGAUGAGAAACGGGGGGGGCAAGAGCUUAGGAAGGGCAGAAGGCACAAGGGAGGGAAAACCAGGGGAGGCAGGAGGGAAGCGGACGAGGAAGAGGAGAAGGAAGAGGAGCUGGGGGAUAAGAAACAGGGGGGGCAGGAGCGGAGGAAGGGCAGGAAGCACAAGAGAGGCAGAGGGCAGGGAAGCAGGAGGGAAGAGGAAGUGGAGGAAGAUGAGGAAGAGGAGGAGCAGGAGGAUGAGAAACAGGGGGGGCAGUCGCGGAGGAAGGGUAGAAAGCACAAGAGAGGCAGAGGCAAGGGAGGUUGGAGGGAAGUGGAAGAGGAGGAAGAGGAGGAAGAGGAGAAAGAGGAGGAAGAGGAUGAGGAUGAGGAUGAGAAGCAGGGGGGCCAGGAGCGGAGGAAGGGCAAAAGGCACGAAAAUGGCAAAAGAAGGGGAGGCAAGAGGGCCAAAUGA